AUGAUGAAAUUUGUACUUAUUUCCAUACUGGUAGCACUUGCUGUUGCUGAUCCUCAGCCAGGUGCAGUAGACAUUUUGGGAGGAGUGGCAGAUACUUUAAAUGCAGGUGUAAAUACUGCUGCUAGAACAGCUAAGAGCCUUUUGGGGGUUGAAAAUUCUGAUGUGAUUAAAAGAUCAUGUAUGGAUUUGGAUUUAGCUUUACAAAUUCAACAUGCAGGAAACGUAGUCUUCUGUAAUAUCGUUUACAUCCAAUGCUCUCCUUAUCAUCUUUUUGCCUUUAACGAUGACAAUGAGGAAGAUCACUUUAACGAUGUGGACCACUUCGAACACAACCUUCCAAAUGAAGCUUUUGUGGACAAUGACGUAGAUGAUCUUAGAAAUCGAGUUGCCCUGAGAUCUAGCGGUAUUGGAGGAAUUAUAGCUGGUUUGGGACAAAUGGCCAAUGGCGUAGUUGAUGUUUUAGGUAAAGGUGCAGUGGCUCUUAUUGGUACCGGUCGUGAUCCUCCAACAAUCGUUGUACAUCAACCUCCACCACCCCCCAUAGUGGUGCCAGCAUAUCCGAAUCAAGUACCAAUACCAAUACCAGUGCCAUGUUGUUCGUAA